UCAGGGAUGUCAUCACAUUUAGAUUUAUACAGGAAUCAGAUGAAAAAUGUGACCGAGGUCACCAUGUUUAUACUGAUGGGCUUUACAGAUGAUUUUGAGGUGGAAGUCUUUCUAUUUAUACUGUUUCUGGCAAUCUAUCUUUUUACACUGGUAGGAAAUUUAGGGCUUGUUUCCCUGGUCAUUGUGGAUUCCCGGCUCCACAACCCUAUGUACUAUUUUCUGAGUGCGUUAUCAUUCUUGGAUGCCUGCUAUUCUUCGGUUAUCACCCCAAAAAUGUUAGUCAAUUUCCUGUCAGAGAAUAAAACCAUUUCUUUUCUUGGAUGUGCAGUACAGAUGUUUCUCUUUCUUGCUUGUGGGACCACAGAGUGUUUCAUCUUGGCGGCAAUGGCCUAUGAUCGCUAUGUAGCCAUCUACAACCCUCUCCUGUACUUAGUUAAAAUGUCACCCAGAGUCUAUGUGCCACUUAUAACUUUCUGCUAUGUUGUUGGCAUCUUGCAUGCUACUUUACACACAGUAGCUACAUUUACCCUACCUCUUUGUGCAUCCAAUGAAAUUAGACAUGUCUUUUGUGACAUCCCUCCCCUCCUUGCCCUUUCUUGCUCUGACACUCACGUUAACCAACUCCUAGUCUUCUACUUUGCGGGCUCUAUUGAGAUAUCCACUAUCCUGAUUGUCCUGAUCUCCUAUGGCUUCAUCCUGUUGGCCAUUCUGAGGAUGCACUCUGCUGAAGGGAGAAGAAAAGUCUUUUCUACAUGUGGCUCUCACCUAACUGGAGUGUCAAUUUUUCAUGGUACAGUUCUCUUCAUGUAUGUGAGACCAAGUUCCAGCUAUGCCUUGGAUCAUGACAUGAUUGUAUCUGUAUUUUACACCAUUGUGAUUCCCAUGCUGAAUCCCAUCAUCUACAGUUUGAGGAACAAAGAUGUCAAAGAGGCAAUGAAGAAAGUGUUUAGGAAAAAUUGGUUUGUCAAUAAAGUGUAUUGCAAGCAUUAA